AUGUGCCAUCGUCGAUUGCAUUUCUACAAGUCCUCUGGAUGCGGUCACUUGACAUUCACCGGAGAGAACAACAUCGACUGUCAAAGCUGGGACUGUUUCCUCAGCGCUUCCCAUAAUUGCGGAAGCACAAGCGGAAAUAUAUGCCGGUGUCGUCGCUACUAUACCCAGCCGGAGCGUAUCGUUGACCAGGAGGUCCCAGGGAAAUGUCCUCGUUGUCGUUGA